CCCACGGCUACUCCCCCCUCCCCUUAUUAUUGCCCUCCUCGUCGCACCAGAGCAAGACUUCGGACUUCUCAUCUCCUCUCUUCCUUGUUCUGCCUUCCCUUGAUCUCUUCCUAUUCGAUCCUGCCACAGCCAUUUCAUGACACAGAGCUAUAUGGACAACAGCGGUGGCAUAGGAGUGCUCACCUUGGACACAUCGGCUCCUCUUUUCCUCGCUUCGUCUUUGAGCUACGGCGGUGGAGGUAUUCUGAAGCGCAAACAGCCUAUGGACUCCGGCGGCCACCACGGUGGCGCCGGCACCAUCGAGUUCCCGUUCAGCCUAAAUCCCCGAAGGGAUGCUGAGACGGCGAACGAGGCGUUGACAAGCAAGCGGGUCGUCGCGGAUGAGGUGGAUUUCUUCUCCGAUGAGAAGAAGAAGCAGAAGAAAAAGGAUACGAUUGCAGCAAGCCCGGUGGAGACAGAUCUCGAUCUGAAGGUGCCAAGUCUUGGUAUCAAGAAAGAAGACCUCACCAUUCAGACUGGAUUGCACCUGCGCAACGGCGAUACGGCUAAGGAAUCGGUGGACGAUGGGAUGGCAGCCAUGCAAGCGGAAUUGGCACGCAUGAACGAAGAGAACCAGAAGCUAAGGGGAAUGCUCAGCCAAGUCAACUCCAGCUACAGUGCCCUCCAGAUGCAACUGGCCACACUGAUGCAGCAGCGGAACAGAACCCCGCAAGCACAUGAGGAAAAGAUCGACGCCGAAAAUGGCGACCAAGGAGGAGCUCGCGUCCUGAGGCAGUUCCUGGAUUUGGGUCCGGACGCCGACGUCGACGAGCACUCCAACUCGUCAACUGCUAGUCUCGAGCGAUCCUCGUCGACGCCGGAAAACGUCGAAGUGGGAUCGAUGGGUUACGGUCUACACAAGAACGAAGGUAACCCCCGCGAAGCACUUGAAUUGACCCCCACAGCGACUGCCGAGCAGGAAUCCACCAUGAGGAGGACUCGUGUUUCUGUUCGAGCUCGAUCUGAAGCCCCCACGAUCACCGAUGGGUGUCAAUGGCGCAAGUAUGGGCAGAAGAUUGCGAAGGGGAACCCGUGCCCGAGAGCUUACUACAGAUGCACCAUGGCCACCGGUUGCCCAGUCCGCAAACAGGUGCAAAGGUGCGCCGACGACCGAUCGAUCCUGAUAACGACGUAUGAGGGCACUCACAACCACCCCCUCCCACCGGCAGCGAUGGCGAUGGCGUCGGCCACCUCGGCCGCGGCAUCGACGCUCUUCUCGGGUUCCACGUCGAGCGCCGAUGGGCUGAUGAACUCGAACUUCCUGUCACGAGCUGUUCUCCCUUGUUCCUCGAGCGUCGCCACCAUAUCGGCUUCCGCUCCUUUCCCGACCGUCACGUUGGAUCUCACCCGAAGCCCUGAUCCGUUGCAGUCCCUGAGGACGCCCGCAGGCCAAUUCCAGUUCCCCUUCCCGGCCCUCGGUGCGCUGCCUCAGCCUCCGUCCCUGCCGCCGGUCUUCGGCCAGACACUACUCAACCAGUCGAGGUUCUCGGGGCUGCAAGUGUCGUCCGGGAUGGCCGCCGCCCAAUUCCCACACCCAAAGCCGCAGACGACCAUGCCGUCCUCACUGGAGGAAACCGUGAACGCGGCAACAGCUGCCAUAACGGCCGACCCAAACUUCACAGCGGUGCUCGCCGCUGCCAUCAAGUCCAUCAUCGGCGGUAAUGAUCAGGCCGUCAACAGCAGCCAAAACGACAACGUCGCCAAGAAAUCUUACAGCUUGCAACAAUAGGCAUUACUAAUACACUACUGUUGCCUUGUUUUCUUUAUUUUUCGGUUGUUUUCUACACGAUUCGUUGUUGGUUUUGCGGAUAGAAAUCGAAUCAUGUAAUCGAUAAGUGUACACC